ACCCUUCUUAUUAUUGUAAGAAUAUAUUCACUUAUGAAAAUGGCGGCGAGUCAAGGAGGAGUGGGAGCUGUAACGGCUCUUCAGGGCCAGCACUAUCCUAACGUACCUCACUGGAACCCGGGCGUGAUGCAGCACCAACAACCCCUGCAUACCGCUCGGAGUCUGGACCGCGCUCUGGAAGACGCUGUUUGCUCCGGAAUAUUAAACGUUAGUGGGAGAAAACUGCGAGACUACCCGGGGCUGAACUACGAUCUCACUGAUACUACACAGGCAGAUUUGUCCAAGAAUCGUUUUGGAGAGAUUCCUCCCGAAGUGUGCAUGUUCGCACCACUGGAGUCUCUGAAUCUCUAUCACAACUGCAUAAAGAUGAUUCCAGAAGCCAUCAUCAACCUACAGAUGCUCACAUACCUUAAUAUCAGUCGGAACCAGCUCUCCGUCCUGCCCACCUUCCUGUUCAGCCUUCCCCUCCGGGUCCUGGUGGUCAGCAACAACAAACUGGUGUCUGUUCCUGAUGAUAUCGGCAAGGCCAAAGACCUCAUGGAACUGGACAUCAGUUGUAAUGAAAUUCAGGUGCUUCCUGCUCAGAUGGGGAGACUCUUUGCCUUACGAGAACUCAACAUCAGGAGAAACUGCCUUCAAGUACUACCUGAUGAGUUGUCAGAUUUGCCGCUGAUCAGGUUGGAUUUCUCCUGUAAUAAGAUCACUGAGAUUCCUCCCUCCUAUCGUAAACUCAGCCAUCUGCAGCAUAUCAUCCUCGACAACAACCCAAUACAGUCUCCUCCUGCCCAGGUCUGUCUGAAGGGGAAGAUUCACAUCUUCAAGUACCUGAACAUGCAGGCGUGUCGGCAGGAUAAGAAGCCCGAUUCAUUGGAUCUAUCCACACUGGGCAAGCGUUGCCUAGUGCACCAGCUGACGGACAGUAUGGAGGAUUUCUAUCCUAGCAAGAACCAUGGGCCUGAUUCGGGUAUCGGUAGCGACAACGGCGAUAAGAGACUGUCUACUACGGAGCCCUCUGAUGAUGAUACCAUCAGUCUUCACUCUCAGGUGUCUGAGACAGCUCGGGCUGAUGCCCACGCCCUGCUCUGUAAGCUGGACUCAAAUAAAGAUCAGGACCAAUAUGACUUCAUCGACCCAAAUCCAGAUGAAGAGGCUGCUCUUUCUGAGGGAGAUAUACAGCAGGACACACCCUAUGUGUCCUGUAUAAAGGAACUGGAGAGGGUUCUUAAAACACACCAAAGCAAAGAUAAAGAGAACUGGAGGGAAGAGUCAGGUUCAGAGAAAGAGCAGCUGGCUGAGGAAGAGGAGGAUGAACUGAAAGAAGUUCUGGACCUGAGGAAGAUCGCAGUGCAGCUCCUACAGCAGGAGCAGCAGAACAGGAGGCGGUCCUUAAUAUGUAGGGCAGAAAGCCUAAUCCAUCGUAGGAGAGCUGUGGGAAGAGCACACAGGUUUCUCAGUCAUUCAGGAGCAGGUAGCAAGCAGAGAUCUCCUUCACAAGCUGUUAGGAGUGCAUCACUGGAUGAAGGGAGUAGUGCAGCUUCAGCAGUAUGUGGGCAGGACGCUGAUCUCACAGAUGAAGACACAGCUUUCUCAGAGCCUUCUUCCUCCUGCUCCUUUGAUGGAAGCCUGAAGUCUGAAAAUGGCGACACUGAGCCAAAAUGGCCGGAUCUUCCUCCCAUCCUGAACCAGAACGAGGACCGGCGACGGAACAAGUACCUGAGGAAAGACUACAUGAAGUACAAGUGUCAGAGUGCACGGCGGAACUCCACAGAGAAUGACUGUGAGGAGAGUAUGCACUCCAGUGACUUCAGCACGACUCUGACCGUUUUUGGUCUGAAGCCCAGAUCAGAAUUCCACUUGCUCCAGUCCUACUCAUUUUCCCGCAGCAGCCGCCAAGAGUACAGUUCCACAGAUCCCAGCUUCACCAUGAGGAGGAAGAUGGAACACCUCAGAGAAGAAAUGGAACAAGUACGGCUACUCCGGCAGAACCUAGAGUCCAGGUUGAAGGUUUUGUUGCCAGAUGACGUAGGUGCUGCAUUAAUGGAUGGUGUCAUUCUCUGCCAUCUGGCUAAUCAUAUUCGUCCUCGAUCUGUGGCCAGCAUACACGUGCCCUCUCCUGCUGUACCAAAGCUGAGCAUGGCCAAGUGCAGGCGGAAUGUUGAGAAUUUUCUGGAUGCAUGUAAGAAGCUUGGAGUGCCACAGGACAAGUUAUGUUUGCCUCAUCACAUUCUGGAAGAGCGUGGUCUGGUGAAAGUGGGCGUCACCGUUCAAGCCUUGUUGGAUCUGUCAUCGCUGAAGGCAACCCAGCUGUCCACCAUGUAGCGCUAUGGAGUAAAAAAAAAAAAAAACACAGGACAGAUACACAAAAAUGGGAUUGGCAGACAUUUCCCCAUCUCGUCUUCCGUCCUGCCUUACCUCCUACUUAUUUUUAAACCACUCCAAGAUGACCUUUAACUUAACCUCUUCACCCCAGGAGAGCAUAAAAGCAGACUGAUUGUCCCUUACCUGUCAUUGUCAGAGAGGUCUGGUACAUUCCAGCCUGUUAGAGCUCUGUACAUUCUACGGAGACACUCAUGGUACUCUUCCUCACUUUGUUCUAAUUUCAGGAAGGAGAAGGAGCUUUUUUACAGCUUUAUCUUUUUUCCCUCUUUUUUCCCCCUCUUUUUCCCCAUAUCGUCUUGUUCUAUUUUCUGGUGAGCUUUGUAGGUGAGGGCAGGAAGGAAACUUGGCAGCUGAUUGGCUGAAAUGGGACAGUGGGUGGAGUUUAUUAUAGAAGUGGAAUGCCCUUUUCCUGCAUGAAGCCAAUAAAGCAUUAUUUAUCAAAUAUGCCUUCGCUGCCCACCCCUCCUGACUUUGUUACACAUGCACACACAUACACUCACGUGUGUUUGUGUACAAGAGAGUUGCAUGUACAUUUGUGAAGAAGAACAGGGGAUGUCAUUUCUUGUUGAGGCAAAUCCACAUAGAGGACCGGAUUCGCCUGGUGAUGGAUUGCAAUUGACUUCUUGCCUUGGAUUUGUUGCUAUGGCGAGACUUUGCUAUGGCAGCUCUCAGAAGACAAGACUCCAAUGCUCUAGCUUUUUUCUGUUUGUUUUCCAAAAGGCAGUGAGCUGAAUAUAAAAAGGUUGGAUCACCUUUAUUUUUAUUUUUGUUUUUUUUUUUAAAGAAAUUUCUAUAGGUUUGUUUUUUUUUUUCUUUUCAACUUUCUUUGUGUAUAUUUGAAUACAUCUUGCUUUCACUAAGGUAGUUUAAAAGUGUUUUGAUGAGGUUAACUGAUGCCCAUUCGCAAGGAGGCCCUUUUUAUAUCAUUGUGCUAAUACACUGGCCCAGAUUCCAGGAACCCUAGGGGAAUUCUUCAGUAAACCUGCAAACUUUUAUUGCAGUUCAUCUCGCUCUCGAUCACACACAGUACAUGUGGUGAAAAGUAUGCACACACAUACACACACACACACACACACACACACACACACACACUCACUAGGAAAGCAUGAUAUGGUUCAAAAUGGAACACUGCAAUUAUGUUGCUCUAUGCUUUGAAAUAUAUUGAAACACACUAAUGAAGACUUUCCAUGGAACCACAUGACUUCUAUUUCUUGGAUUGGAUGAAUGUCAUGGUUUAUCGAAAUACCCAGUGAGCCUUUAUCUGACUUGUCAAAAAAACAUGUGACUUGUUACAGUGCAAUAUUAGUAUUCAAAAGGCAAAUAAUGAAAUAAUGAUUAGUCAAAUUAUGUAUUAAACAACAUAUUAUGCAGCCCUAAUACACACACUCACUCUCUCUCUCUCUCUUUCUCUCUCUGUCUCUCUCUCUCUCUCUCUCUCUCGCUCUCUCUUUCUCACACACACACACACACACACACACACACAAAGUAUGUGCAAACUGAGGCAGGCACUGAAGUUCUCAACAUUGCCACCAUAACCCUGACACCAGAAUAAACAGAAGCAGAUUCAUUAUGGUACAAUUUCACUGGACCAUUCAGAAACACAUUUCCUAAGUCCAUAUCAUUUUAAUAUUUCAGAAUUAACUGUAAUCAUUUUUAUACGCUAUGUGUUGAAGGAAAAAAUAGGCCACAUUAGUGUUUAAAUGAUAUCUACUGUUUCUGUGAAGUUCACUCUUGACCGCAAGGGUUAUUUUUAUAUUAUCUUUUUCAUUGCAUUAGCUUUUAUAUUAUCCUUUUUUAUAUUGUCUAAUUCAUCAUCUUAAUUUCAACAUCUUUGCGUAUUUCUUCAUAUAUUCUUGGAUUUCUAUUAUUCAGUCUAACACUGUAAACAUAAUUUAACUAGUGAUGUUAAACUGUCAACAAUUCCUGACUUCUAAAUGUAAAAAGAAUGGUCAAGUAAAUUAUGUAUUUAUUGUCUAUUUAUUUGUUUCUUUCUACAUGUAUUAAGUCUUUUACAGUUUUUGUAUUUCUUUUUCUUUUUUGUGUGUUUGUACAGUAAAUCUCUGUUGGGGUUCACAUAAACCCAGUCUACUAAAGCCCAGUUUAGUCAAAAAAUAUUAUUCAUUAUUGUUGUUUUGUUCUGUACCUAGAUGAAAGUUUUGUCUUCUGAUUUUUAUCAUCCUUUCUGGAAGUUGUUUUUGAAGUGACUGCUGGUUCAUCCUUUCUGGGACAUGUAGAAAUUGUCACAUCUUGUGGCCAUCAUGUCAUCAAGAUCUGAGCACAUGAACGUGAGAUAUGAGAUUUGUUUCGAAAUUUCAGUCAGCCAACCAACUGUAUGGUCGAUUUCCAGUUUUCACAUUUGAUGUCCUUUGAUAUUCUUUAUCGCUGUACCCUUAUGAAAGAAUGAAACUACCAUAAUGUUUUCCUCUGAUUCAGCUGGAUCUUAACAGUGGUGCUACCACUUCAGGCAAGUACAAACCUUUAUGAUAUUCUUUAUCUUUUUCUAUGGAAAUUUGCCUAUUAAUCAGUUAUGGGAAUGGGACAUUUUCUGCGCUUUUUCAUGGAUUGGGUUCCUGAGGAGAUGCAUGCAUCAGACAUGCUCGCAGGCACUUAAGCUAGGUUUAUACUUGAUGCCUUGUCACUGGCGUGCUCCAAAAAUAAUGCAAUCGUUGCGCUUCCAGUCGUACGUGGUGGUGACGUGCACCGUCACGACACAUGGUUGCAUCUCAUUAGCUUCAUUUGGUGUCACAUCACAUGGUUGUGUCAUGUGGUCAUGCCAGCCCCAUGCGGUGUCACGGCGUGUGGUCAUGUCACGUGGUCCUGCAUCUCUUGGAGCUAACUCGUGCUGCUUUUUCAGGGCAUGUCUUUGCACUGCCACCUGUCAUUUCAGAGAAUUCUGCAAGGGUGGAAGCACUAGUGUGUUGGCUCCACAUGAGUCUGGGACGAUGCUGAAAUCAAUAUGUGUCAGUCAGUAAGUCUGCACUGCUUCAUUUAGAUACUGUUUAGCACCCAGCUGGGCUGGGCUGAAGGAUGUUGCUUCAUUAUGCUAUUAAGCAGUUCUGUGCCAAUAAAUAACUCAUUGACCAGAUACUCCCAGCUUUUGACUGCCAUGUUUAUGAGCCUCCUUCAGUACCUUUUCCCACAGACUGUCACACGCUCUAUUCACCGCUCUAUAACAGCAGAUCUCUUUCACAGUGUGACUUUCAUGAUGAAAAAAGCAGUUUGUGUACAGCAUGUAGCACUCUAGCACAUGAGUUUAGACUCACACAUACACACGCACGCACACACACACACUCAGCAAAAAUGCUAAACAAAAUGCUAAAAAAAAUUUCUGACUCAGUAAGUGCAAUGGGUUCUGUCUUUUUGUUGUAAUUUCUUUAUAUUGGUCAUUUUUCAAAUGUUUGUAUUAUGCUGUAAAAAGUAAAAAGAUGUUCCUACCCACAGUUUGGCGAGAGAGCUACAAUGUUGUGUGUGUGUGUGUGUGUGUGUGUGUGUGUGUGUGUGUGUGUAGAUAAUUGUUUUGUAUGAAACAAAAUCUUGAUCGCAUGCUUAUAUCAAAUCUCCAUUCCUGUACAUAAACUCUGUAUAAAAAGUAUUCCAAAAUUUCUUAAAAAAGAAAACAAUAAAAAGGUGAAAUGUUUGAAAUGUCACAACA